AGAAGUGUAUUGUGCGGUGUGAGGAUUUGGAAGAGUUAAGAACGAAGCAUGCUUUGCGGUUGGAAGAGAGAGAAGUAACUCUGGCAGUGUUGCCAAACGCAGAGAGAAGGCAACAGUUUGGUGAAGAGUGUAGUGUACUGAAAACUGAGGUUUCUGAAGCUCGCAAAAAGGAUUAAUGGAGUGGUCAGCUUGUACGGAUGAAUACGAGAAGCUUGUGAUUCGGAUGAGCACGCCUAGGGUCGUAAUUGACAAUGCCGUGUGCUCCACAGCUACUAUAGUUAAGGUUGAUAGCGCCAGAAAACAUGGGAUUUUGUUGGAUGCAAUACAAGUGCUCGCUGAUUUGGACCUUUUGAUUAAGAAGGCUUACAUUUCCUCCGACGGAAGGUGGUUCAUGGAUGUUUUCCAUGUUACAGACCAAUUAGGAAACAAGUUAACGGAUGAGAGCGUAUUAAAUUAUAUUGAACAGUCACUUGGGAGUAUUCACAAUGGUAAAAUCAACAGCUCCAAUGGUUUCACUGCCCUGGAAUUAACAGGCACGGACCGUGUUGGUAUUCUUUCGGAGGUGUUCGCUGUACUGGCUGAGCUGCAGUGCGAUGUGGUUGAGGCAAAGGUUUGGACUCACAAUGGCAGGAUUGCCUCCCUGAUCUAUGUUAGAGACUGUGAUUCCAGAUCUGCUCUUGAGGACUAUCAGAAGAUUAAUAAGCUUGAAGCACGUUUAAGAAAUGUUUUGAAGGGUGACAAUGACAUUAGGAGUGCAAAAACUUCAAUUUCUAAUUCUGUCAUACACCCGGAAAGAAGGCUACACCAGAUGAUGUUUGCUGACCGUGACUAUGAAAGGAGUCGCAUUUUCAAGUUUACCCCUGAGACACCAUUUGUAUCGGUUCAAAAUUGGGCGGAAAAGGGUUACUCUGUUGUGAAUGUUCAGUGCAAGGAUCGAAUUAAGCUAAUGUUUGAUGUUGUCUGCAAUUUGACAGACAUGGAAUAUGUUGUGUUUCAUGCAACUAUUAACACAAAAGAUGAUCAAGCUUACCUGGAGUUUUAUAUAAGGCAUAAAGAUGGCACUCCAAUUAGUUCAGAACCAGAGCGCCAACGUGUGAUUCAAUGCUUGCAAGCUGCUGUGGAGAGAAGGGCAAAUGAGGGUGUUAGGCUAGAGUUAUAUGCUGAAGACAAGCAGGGCCUUUUAGCAGAGGUUAUGAGAACGUUCAGAGAGAAUGGGAUGAAUGUGAUUAGAACUGAAAUAUCUACCGUUGGGGGUGUGGCUGCAAAUGUUUUCUAUGUAACUGAUGCAAUGGGUUACCCAGCUGACCCAAAAAUAAUAGAAUCUGUUAGGCAGAAAAUUGGGUUAAGCAAUUUAAAAGUGAAGGAGUUGCCUUUAUUACGUCAACAGAAGACAAAGAGCGAAGGAGAUCAACCAGGUGGAGUUGGUGGGGCAGUGUUAUUGUCUCUUGGUAGCCUCGUGAGGAGGAAUCUCUACAAUUUGGGCUUAAUCAAAUCUUGUUCUUAAAGCAGAAAGUGAGGAGGGAAUUUAGAAGGAAGUGGAAGGAAGAUAAUGUUCAACUUUUUAAAUUAGAGCAUAUUAGCUAGUAAUAUUCUUUGCUUCAUGCUUGGGCAUUGUGUACAUAAAAAGUAAAAGUGGAAUUUGGUGAUGGUAGUUGUUCCUAGUUGGUUGGGUUGGGAUUUGGUUGGUGAAAAACAACAGAUAGGUAUACAUGUAGCUGGAGGGGUAUGGGGCCCCACUUUACACCAUUUUAAAUGCUUUGCGUGAGGAAUUAAAGAAUUUGCAUGAGAGAUAGGGCAUUAUAGAAGAAGGUUGUUGUUUACCUUGGUGGGACGGUUGUUGUGAAGUUUGAUGGAAAUAUAGGUAGGGAUUGGAUUCUUGGUGGCACACAGUUUAGGUAGAGGCGGCACAAAGUUUGGUUCAUACAGAAGAAAAAGAAAAAAAAAAUUAUGUAGAAGUCAUUAAAAUUGUGUACAUAACGACGCUUGGAUGAUUAUUGUUAUUAAUUAAAGUGGUUGACUCCAUUAUUUAA